GGCCAAAAGAGCUGCCUCAAAGGGAACUGCUCCACCUGACAACAAUCAUACACCUCCACGACAAGCCUUGAUGAAAGCAUGCAGGAUCUCUACUGAAACUCUGCGGAGUAGGACAACACUGAGCUCAGAGCAGCAUCCUGACACUGAACUGAGCCCUGCUGCGAAAACAUAAAUGCUGCCUGAGUCAACGGCGUCUCCAGAAGCAAGCAAGACUGUCAAAAUGCUGGCAAUUAUAGAGCAAAGGAACACGCUGUCCGGCUGUCACGCAGACCUCACCGACAAGUAUCUGCUACUUAUGCUUUUCAAGUUGGGAAUGGACAUAGCUGUCAUUUUCUUAUGCUGCCGGAAGCCGUUUCACUCCUUUUUAGCCAUGUGCAGCUCGUCCAUUGUCUUGGCUGACUCGUUGAUGGUGUUUUUAAUCGCACACAUUUGGUUUUUGGGGCCUGAAAGGUAUCCUGUGUCACUUUGUUUCCUCAUGGCUUAUGCCUCAGCAGCCUAUGGAGCACUGCCAUUGCCAAUAAUUUGCCUGGGUUUAUUGGACUACUUUUUAGAAGAUACCUAUCUCAGCAACCAGAGAGCCUGCUGCAAAUUCCUACGGAAUGCAGUGUUGACUUUGCUGGUGUGGAUGCUAGCUGUUAUUUACACCUUUUGGUCUGUCCAACCUGAUCUGAUGGAAAUGGAUUUUGAGAAUGGGAUAAAGGCUCUAGUGUGUGAAGUGGAGGAGUCCACACUGAUUGACUACUUAAUUUUGGGAGUUUUCGCAGCAGUCAUUUUUACAAUGCUGCCCUUUUGGUCAAUGAUUCCCCAGUGGAUGAAAGAGGCGGAGAGGUUAUCUGAAGCGAGGGAGGAGCGAGACAACCAGAGCAGCGACUUGCUGUUCACUUCGACCUGCAACACGGAAACAAAAAUCGGCGAGGAGAAUUAUCUGCAGGACACCGUCCAAAUGUGCCCGCCUCUGUGGGCCAGCCUAACAAUGGGUUUUGGUGCGUUUUGGAUGCCUUACCUUUCUGUGUCUGUGGCCUGUUUGAUCUUUGGCUUUGCAGUACCUUCCUACAUCACUGUUAAUCUUCUGUGGCUGGAGUGUACAAACAGUUUACUGAUGGGUGUGGUGUUCUGGGUAAAGAGCAAAAAGCAAGGGCCGUACAGCAACCUUCCUGAAAACGUGUGCAUGUGGCAUGUUUACUGGCAUUUGAGCAAAGGAGCACAACACCGACAGCUCCCUAUGGCUGUGUUUAACCCUUCAAAAGAGAAGAGGAACACUCUCCUCUAUGUGUAAGAGACAAAUAGCUCAACAACAAACCUGUUACAUGACCUGAACUGAGAGCAACUGAAAACUAUAUUAUGAGAAAGUGGAAAAAAUACUUAAGCCAGCAUUAUCUAUGAAUGGUCGGUCUUUGUAAAUGCUGCGUUAGAUGCAUGAAGUGACCAUCAGCACACGCAGGAAUUUUGACAAGAGACUGAUCAUUAAGCUAAACCUUUGUAAAUAUUUAUAUAAUCACCAUAAAUAUUCUAUAUUCUACAUUGCUUGGUAUGAAUUUUUUUACUUGAGGAAAAUUCUAUGUCUAUGUAUUCUGUUUUGAUAUUCUGUCCUUAAAAAAGUAAUAAAUGUUUAUUAAUAAAGACAACUUUGUCACUGA